AAAUUCAAACCUACCAAAAAAAAACUAAUAUAAAUUCGAAGGCCCAUAAAUUAAAGGAUGAGGUAGCUCAUGUCUUAUGAGAUAGUGAAAUGGGCCGGAAAGAUCAAGCCAAGCCCAUGUAAAUUGUUAGCCCAAUUUGCAAGUCUUGGGCUGGGCUUGAAGAAAAAAAAAUCAUUUGAAGGUCGAGUUCCCAAGCCUGAGAGAAAAUGUCGGGGCAAUAGGUCUCAAUGGCUGUGGUUGACAAAAUAUGCGCGCGUUUUCAGUCUCGCUGGACUCAUCUUCUCCUCUCGUCGUCUUCUCCCAAUCUGUUACUCCUCCAGUUACACUUAUCCCCACCAGAGUUUCAGGCCAUCUUUCCAGAAUCAACGCCUUCCAUUCCGUCGUAGACAGGCCCAGCGUUCUCUAUUGCAACUGCAUCGAUUCCCCUUCCCCUUCAAAUUCCACUGAUUACGAUGAGGAGAAUGAGAUUGAUUGUGAUGAUUUUACUGACGAUUACUUGUUGUCUUCCGAUGAGAUUUCAGAUUCCGUUCAGGAGGAUGGUGUGUAUGUUGAGAUAGAGAGUCCAGGAAAGCGGACCCGCAGGAUUCGGUCAAAGAUUGCUAUUGAGGCCUCACUUGACACGAUUUGGGAUAUGUUGACUGAUUAUGAGAAGCUCGCCGAUUUCAUUCCCGGACUUGCUGUUAGUCAAUUGAUCGAGAAGAAAGACAAGUUUGCUCGGCUUUAUCAGAUAGGGCAGCAAAAUUUGCCAUUUGGGCUGAAAUUCAAUGCUAAAUGCAUUUUGGAUUGCUAUGAGAAAGAUCUGGAGAAUUUCCCCUCAGGGAAGAGGCGUGAUAUUGAAUUCAAAAUGACUGAAGGAGAUUUUCAGAUCUUUGAAGGAAAAUGGACCAUUGAACAGUUCAUUAAAGAAAGUAGUGUUGAAAGUGAUCUCUCAUUCAGUCAAGGUUUUGAGACUACUCUUUCUUAUUCAGUCGACAUAAAGCCAAAGCUGUGGCUCCCUGUUAGCCUGGUCGAAGGUAGACUCUGCCAAGAGAUAAAAAUAAACCUCUCAUCUAUCCGAGAGAGAGCACAGAAAGUGAUCCACAACACCAUUGCUGCUCAUUAACCUUGUUCACCAAUGUAGCCUUUUAAGGCGUGUCUGGGAGGAGAGGGUUUAGAAGGGUUUGAGUUCGAGUUGUUGUUCAUAAAAUUAUGUUCAUAACAACCACUGGUUUGGUUAGCUUAUGGAAUAUCAUUUUGAUUACUUAUUGGAGAGUAACAU